GUGUGGGUGUGAGGAGGCGUUAUAUUGAUGUGGUGUGUGCAGUGUUGCACUGGGAGCCCUGGAGCCUGGGCAGACACUGUCAAACACUCAUUUGACUAUCAAACGAAGCGGGGACCAGUUGCUGUUGGAGCACCGACACACAAGGGGCUGAGCAGGGCUCUCUCUCUAUGGGACACGAUGCCUUGAUGGAUCCCUUGGGCAGCAGACUUCACCUUCUGCUCUACCAAAUAUGCAUCGUGACAAUAGGUACUUCAGGAACAGUAAAGGUGACAGUGCCAACCCAGCUGAUCUUGGGCACUGUCGGGCAGUCUCUCCUGCUUCCUGCAAAUUACACCACUGACUCUGGGGACCAUCAGGUGCAGAUAACCUGGACUUUUCAAAGCCAGUCUUCGGGCUCUAUGCUUCUGGUCACAGCUACCAAUAACGUUCUGACUCAUGAUAUGGAACAUGGACACAGGUUUUUUCUGUCCCCUACCAGUGCAUCCCUUUGGAUUAAUCCAGUCGAGUUACGCGAUGAGGGUGAAUACACUGUUAAAGUGACUGUCUCUGGGGUGAAAGUGGCUUCAGCCAGUCGGCAGCUCACUGUUCAUGUCAAUGUUCCCGUCUCUAAGCCCGUGGUAUGGAGUGAGCCAGUGUGGGGAGCCGUGGAGAACGUGGAUAAUGCCACUCUCAACUGUUCUGUGGAUAACGGCACUAAGAUUGUUUAUCAGUGGCUAAAGGCAGGGAAGCCUAUACGGCCCAGCUCUCGGCACACCUUUUCUUCAGACAACAAGACACUGUUCAUUUCACCCGUUCUGAAAGAGGAUCUCAGCAAUUACAGUUGUGUGGCCAGGAACCCAAUCAGUGCAAAUGAGAGCGAACCAGUCACACCUAACAUUUACUAUGGACCCUAUGAUCUGACAGUGAAUUCAGAAGCCCAAUAUAAAAUCCGUGAGGGAGUCUUCGCCAUUGGCAAAGGAAUGCCAAUCUUGUUCAAAUGUUCAGCCAGCUCCAACCCACCGAAUGUCUAUUCAUGGUUUCAAAAAUCCAACAACGAGACAAGACCCAUUCAGUGGGGGCCACUGCUGAGAAUCAAUUCUGGAAAAGCCCCUGAGAAAGCUGACUACACAUGCUGCGUGUACAACAACAUCACUGGCAAACGGGAUGAAGCUCAGGUCACACUCAUACUCUCUGUAGCAGGUCAAGAAGCCAAGAAACACACCAGAAGUUCCCUUCACUCUUUAACAAUCAUUGUAGCGAUCUCCUUGGCUCUGAUUGUGUGUGUGCUUUUUUACUUUUGUUUCAGACGAUGUUAUCCACGAAAAGUUAUCAGACAGGAGCUGUAUCACAGGUCACCAAUAGAAUACAUCCGAGCACAUGAAAUGUCAGUGGCACAUGAAUCUUCAAUGGAUGAUUAUGGAAUAUAUGAAUUUGUGGCUGUCCCAGAACCAGCUCAGGUUCAACAGGCUCGACCAGAUAAAUUAAGCACUGUGUAUGACUUUAUUCGAGCUCCAGAUCUUCACACGACUAUUUAUGAAGUUAUUUGCCAUUCUCCAGAAACUUUCUGAUGACCUGACCAUCUGUCACAGUAGUCGGAUACUACGUAUUGGACCAUAUAAGAAAACUGAAGACAAUCAUGCAAUGGCUGGCUAAUUCUGCAUUUUGACAACAAACACUAUUAAUUGCUGGCAGGUGCCUUGAAACAGAGCUUUUGUAGUCAAGAACUUUGCAUUUUUGCAUAAACAUGCAUUUAUUUUUACUUAUCUACAAAGUUCUAUUGGUGUAUCACUGUGGAUUUUAAAAGCUUUGCAAAAAUUCAGUAGAUGACUAGCUUGGUGAAACAGUGUAUUUUUAUGAUAAUCUGUAUUGAUCAGUUCUGAGCUUUAUCUGUGUAAUUGUGUUUACCUUCAUGUUUUCAAGGGUUCACUUUCUAUAAUCGAAUUAAAUCAUAAAAUGAUGUGUAGCGCACUAUCAUAUUAUAAAAGGGAAAACACAAACUAUGAACUGGAUCAGAUACAGUUAUACGAAAGGAAG